AGCAGGUGGGAAAGACGAAGCCUUUGGGCUGGGGGAGCGUUCCCCUGGGAAAGGCCUUGAGUGAAGGCCUGGAGUGACUAGUUUUAGGAUUGCUGGCACAGGCCCCCGGCUCUUGCCCAGGCUCCAGCCCAGCCAGGAAAGACACCGCCAACCUCCAAAUGUGAACAGCCGCUGGCAGAGCUCAAAUUCCAGCAACUCAGGAAGGAAAAUCAGACCAUCGGAAACGGGGAGAUCCCAAUUCAACUUGAACCGAAGCUUCACAAAUUUAUACCUUUCAAGUAAAAUGAGCAUGGCAAUGCUGCUACAAUUUCCUCAUCAACGUUUUCUUCGAGGCCUCUUGAAACCAUCCUUCCAGAGCUCCUACUUCAUCUUUCAUUCAAGUACUCGUACUGCAUCAGGAUUCUCAUAUGGUCGACCAUUUAAUUCUCUUCAACAGUACUGUACAAAGUGGAUGCUGCUGUCAAAGGAUUUUAAGAGAAAGCUAUGCGUUCAGACAACCUUCAAGCAACACACAGAGGGACUUUCUGACAAAGAAAGAAGAUUUGUAGAUAAACUUUACACUGGUUUAAUCCAAGGGCAAAGAGCCUGCUUAGCAGAGGCCAUUACCCUCAUAGAAUCAGCUCACAGCAGGAAAAAAGAGAUAGCCCAAGUACUUCUUCAGAAGGUAUUAUCUUACCACAGAGAGCAACAGCAAUUAAAUAGAGGAAAACCACUAGCAUUUAGAGUGGGAUUGUCUGGGCCCCCUGGAGCUGGAAAGUCCACAUUUAUAGAAUGUUUUGGGAAGAUGCUUACUGAGCAAGGACAUAAAGUGGCUGUGCUGGCUGUCGACCCAUCGUCUUGCACAAGUGGUGGUUCACUUUUGGGGGAUAAAACACGGAUGACUGAGUUAUCAAGAGACAUGAAUGCUUAUAUCAGACCAUCACCUACCAGUGGGACUUUAGGGGGUGUGACAAGGACCACAAAUGAAGCUAUUCUGUUAUGUGAAGGAGGAGGAUACAACAUUCUUCUUAUUGAGACUGUAGGUGUGGGACAGUCAGAAUUUGCUGUUGCAGACAUGGUUGACUUGUUUGUUUUAUUACUACCACCAGCUGGAGGAGAUGAACUGCAGGGUAUCAAGCGGGGUAUAAUUGAGAUGGCAGAUCUAGUCAUCGUAACGAAAGCUGAUGGGGAUUUGAUCGUGCCAGCUCGAAGGAUACAAGCAGAGUAUGUGAGUGCCCUGAAAUUACUCCGCAAGCGCUCCAAGGUCUGGAGCCCAAAGGUAAUGCGCAUCUCAGCCAAAACUGGAGAGGGCAUCACUGAAAUUUGGGACAAGAUGAGAGAAUUCCAGGACCUCCUGCUUGCCAGUGGGGAGCUGAUUGCCAAACGGCAGAAGCAGCAGAAAGUUUGGAUGUGGAAUCUAAUCCAGGAAAGUGUGCUAGAACAUUUCCGGAGUCGUCCCACCGUGAGAGACCAGAUUCCUCUUCUGGAAGAAAAAGUCCUCUGUGGGGCCCUGUCUCCAGGACUAGCUGCUGACUUAUUAUUGAAAGCAUUUAAAAGCAGAGAUUAAUGUGAUUUAUUUUGCCAGUAUUCCUCUGUGUUUGCACAAAGUAUUUUAAUAUUAAAAACCACAACAUAUCUGAA